AUGGAAGGAAAACUUACCCAUAUUCAUGAGAAAUCUCGCGAAAGAAAACCCAGCUACAAGAAAGCUGUAGGUAUCAAUUCGGUGGAGGACCAAGAAGAGACCGUAAAAUUUGAAAAUGGCCCAAACAACUCAAGUCAUGUUAUUGAUGUGUUUACGAGCUUAGAUGUUGACAACGGUUCGAGUCUAGGUAAGGUCAUUCUUGUACAAAUUCUGUAAUGGAGUUUGCUUCAUCGUGUGAAUAAGAUGUCUUUCGAAUCGAAUGAAACAGCUGAUUGUAGUCAGGUGCUACUCACGACUUCAUCGAACCAAGGUUUACAAAGUAGUGGUUUUACUGGUAAACACAGUUAAUUAUAGCACGUAUUUCUGUCAAAACAAACAAGCGUUUAAAGGUAGAUGAUUUUAGAAGAAAGCAUGUAAUCCUUAUCAUUAUGGAAACGUUUCCGAAAGAGCGAGAAUGCUACUGAUUAAGUUUUCGUUCGCGUUCAGUCAAUUGAUUUAAAGUGAAAUUAAUGAGGAAAAUUGAAAUAGCGUGAUGGUCUCUUUCAUGAAUAUUUCCCUCACCCUGAGAUUCAGUGAAUGUAAUAUCUUAGCGAGAACGUUUUACCGGAUCUUCUAGACGCCGAGAAUAUAUAAUUUAACCUAAUUUAAACGAGAAGGUGUCUUCGAUUUGCGACUUAAAGCAUCUCUCUUUAAUAUUCAAUUUUGGCACGACAAAGAUAAACUUUAAUAUUCAUAAACUGCAUUAGGCUGCUUAUUUUUCCCAACCCUAUUACCACCAUUGUAUUGAGUUUUAUAGUUAUGACAAUUUUUUGAGCUACCAAACGCGUGAUAGAAAUAAAAAAUAAAAUCUAUCCAUGCAGGCCCGUUAGUUUUUUUUCUUUGGUUGAUGUCAGCAUUUAAUUGAUGCAAUACCUCGCCAAUUUUAAGCUUGGCCGACUCGAUUUUGAAAUAAUUAUACAAAAUAUAGAUACGUACUCGAAGACUAUUAUGCUAUGCUACAUUAUGCUCCGUCAUUACAAUGUUUGCUCCCACAAUGACUUUUCCUUCGCAAAGGGGUGCAGCUCAGCGUUAAGUUCUUCACACAGGAUUAUAAUCAACGAUAGGUACAGUUAAAAAGUUGAGCUUCAUUUGAAAAGAACUAGAUUACCAUUUUGGUCCACCCGAACAGGAAAAGUUCCACCGUAAGGUCAAGUAUCGAACACUAUAAUUCGUCGAACCAAUUCAGAGCGGCAAGAAUAAAUCUUUCGGUCUGUAGGAUUUCAAACAAGGCAUUUUUUUUUGUUUACCCAUCAAGUUCGAUUCGUGAAAAGAUCGAAGCUUAUCCCACAGUCCAUCUUCGUACGUUUUAUCAAUAUUUGACUCAACUCAACUGCUUCAAUCGUCACACUUAACAUGGACUUAAUUCUCCCAUUCUGGUUUGUGUCUUGUGAAGUUCGACGUUUGAACUGGGCCUUGAUUCCUCUCCCGCUAUGUAAACAAGUAUGUUGUGGUUUAAUUUUAUCCUUGGUUCAAAUCCUAUUUUCCUUUGUUCAAACUCAUUAUCAUACAUUACAAUACCCAAAAACAAAAGAAAAUAAAAUUUGAACCAAGGAUAAAAUUGAACCACAACAAGUAUGUUAGAAAACACCUAACAAAAUAUAUGUGAUCAUUCGAUAAAGUGCUAACAGUCAGAAGAGAGAUCAAAAUUUUCCAACAAUUCUUUUUCUUUUCCGGCUGAGCUCUCAUGGUUUUUUUCACGUCAUAUCGUUUUGUAAAGCGUUUUAAUAUUUCACCUGUCGCUGGUACAGUCUUUCUUAACCAUCAGCUACGCUGGAAUCUUUUUUGAACAUGAGGUACGAUCCUCCAAUAUAACUCGAAAAAAUUUCGCCUCGUUCGGCUAGGGACUAACCGUUGAUAAUUUUAAGGACCAUAGAGUUCUUUUUGUUUGUUUCUGCUCUUAAGAUUUGACCGGUCGGGUGUUUCUUAAUGACAAUCUAAUUGGACUGCUUUAUUGAACAAUCGUGCAGUGUGAUUUGGUAACGUUUAAAAUGUACAGCAACAAACACUGCUUAGUAUGGUUAAAAUUUCGGCCGAUAAACACUUCUUUAGUUGGAGUUAAGGAGCGUGGAUGGAGAUACCGUGUUAAUUAUUGGUAAAAAUCAAAUAUUCUUAUGAAGUGCUUCCCCUUGGUAUCUUCAGAACAAUAUUUUAAGAUUACAUGGUUACAUGUGACUACGGUUUUUUCUUAUCGGUUCUCUUAACACCAGCUUAUUUGAAAAAUUUUGGGCUUUUUUACUUCUUAGAAAAAACCAACGUUGAGAAUAAUCCAGUGAAAACGUUCUACAUUCAAGAUAGUCCUCACGCAAAAGGUGAAGGUGCAAGAAGAGAAAAGUGGAGUGAUUUUGCAGAAAGCUCAAGCCUUCAUGGCCUCAGAAACGUUUUUGUUCGGUCCUCUCCUUAUGUGCGGAUAUUUUGGCUUGUUCUCUUGCUGGCUUUCACUGCCUGGGUUCUUUAUUCGAUGUACAGCAGCAUUUAUAAGUACUUCCAGUACCCCAUUGCUACAGUCAUUAGAAUCCGUUACCCAGAAGAGGGAAUGCGAUUUCCUGCGGUUAGUUUGUGCCCAAUGACAUCGUUUACGAGGACUAAAAUUUUCAUGACAGACGAUAAUCCACAGUUUGAAUCACUAGGGCUGGACUUACCCUCCUGCAAAGCAACAGCGCAUGUCAGAAAGGGGAGGCCCUGUGGGGAGGCCUUGCUGUGCUGUUGCUCAGAUCACAGCGCCGAGGACGUUUCGGUGGCUCUCAGUAAUUGUACCGAUGACUACAAGAAGGAACUCCAGGAGAUCAUUCGGAAAGACAAGAAAUUGUUCGAUGACAAAAAAUUCCAACAAGCCUAUGGUCCAAGUCUGUGGCGAAUGAUCAUUCCCGGGACGUGUAUUUUUGCUGCACUGCGGAAUGGAGGUUGCACUUACAAAGAUUUUAUCCCCACUAUGAGUGACCAUGGGGUGUGCUUCACAUUCAACUCCGGGAGGGAUGGCAAGGAAGCAAUGAACGUAUCUUAUGGCGAUACAUCUACCGGUCUGUCGAUGAUAUUAGACCUCAAUUUGAAUGACCACUUAGUUGGGGCUUUCUCUGAGGGCAUCCGGAUCAUUGUCCAUGAUCAGGGUGUUUACAUAAACCCCGCCAAAAAUGUCCUGGUGGCUCCAGGGAGUUAUGCUCAGAUCAGUGUCAAACGGAAGGAGGUAAUAAAAAAACUGUAUAUAACUAUUAAUAAUCAACCCAAAGUCGUAUAAAGAGGGGAAAGGAGUGUGUUGAAUCCACCCUUUCAAACUCCACUUCUCAAAUAUAAGUUAUGAAUUUUGAAAUCUCUGUCCAAUAUCUAGCAUAUUAAAGGUGUAACACCCUGAAAACGAUUUGUUCAGUUCGCCAAAUAAGCCGAGAAACUACCAGGAUCGACUUUACAUAAGUGACCAAUCAAAAAGUACCAAAGGUCACCAUUCACUUACUCAGACUUGCAUCGUACAGCUAUUUGCAGUAGCACCUUAGACGGAGGAAAGUCCUGUCUCAUGGUCUGUUCGUUUGUUUUUGUUUCAAAGUAUACAAACAAGAGAUCGCCCUAUGAAACAAAAUGCACCGACAACAAAAAGCUUAAAGGUUUUCCAAAGUACGACUCUGACGGAUGUUAUUACGAAUGUAUAUCAAAUGAAACAGCAAGGAAAUGCGGCUGUAGAUUACCAAGUGAUCCUGGUAAGGAAAAAAACUGCUUAAGCUCUCCUUGAUGUUGUCAUUUCUAUUCAUCCCUUCUUUUUUUGCCGUUUGAAUAUUCUUCGCUAAUUUUGUUUUAUCAAUUUAAUGGAUCUCUUUACUCUAUCUAAGUGAUUGGUGUGCGUUUACACUGUCCUUUAUGUUAGGGAAAUAUAAUGGAGAUUGAAUGAUCGACCAUUGGACACGUUGGCACUUUUAAUGUAACUCAAAUUUAUCAAUAUAAAUGCAGGGUGAUCAGUUAGGAAAAAAGUAGCUUACAGCUUGUGGGUGUAGUUGGGAUGUAGUACAAACAACGCAGGAACUCGUGUUAGUAUACCGUAUGGUUUACGUUUAUGUAAUUGAUCACUUGUAUUAUGGGCGUGGUGUUCCUAUCAACGUUGGAAGAUAACAUCUUGCGAGGACUUAUGGAAUUUCAUAGAAGAGUAGUGUUGAUUAUCCGGCAUCGUAUUGUUAAGAACUGUGGGAUCAUUUCCUUUUCAUGAAAUGGUUUAAUGAUGAUGAUAUUUGUUUUUUCUCAGAUCGCUUAAUUAACGAUCGGAUCUGCUUCAGGGAUGACGGACCUUGCCCUAUCGACGUAUUUUCUGGUUGGUAAAAUAAACAGGCUAUUUCCUUCCAUCUCGCCUCCUGUUGUUUGUCUGGACUCCUCAAUUAAUGUGUGUUGUUGUUCUUCGGUGGUUGGGUCUGACUGUGCUGUGCCACAGCACAGUCAGACCCAACCACCGAAGAAUAACGGUCUGUCUGCCUCUCUGUCAGUCUCUCUGUCUGUCUUUCUGUAGGCCUGAUCAAGGCUGUUUCAGACAAACGUUUUUUUGAUAUGAUAUUGUGAUUUAUUACUCUGAAAAUCGAUUUAAUAUCGUCAAUCACCUCUUCCAAGAACAUUUCCUCUCAGGGCUACCCUCACCUGGAUGAUCAUACUACACGAUCAAAUGUUCUCUAUCUCCGGGUUCAAACCAUUAGCUUUAUGGUCACAAUAUACAGGAAAAUGGGUUUGAGGACUGGUAUCCACUUUAUAUGAAAUUAUUGGCCAAAAAAAUGAAGAUUCAUACAUAAUAAUAAACAAGCGUGCGUUGGAUAUGAGAUGAUAGAUAGCCAACGAGGCCCGUAGGGCUGAGUUGUUUUAAACACCGCAUAUCCAACGCGUGAGUGGAAUAAUUGUUUUAUUAAAUCUUCCCAACUUUACUUUGUAAGAACAAACGGAAUGUUUCAAAAACAGUUUAAGUCCAGUUUAACUCGUCUUAAUUUGCGUGCAUGGUAUAAUGGCUCAUAACCCAUGGUGGCCAAGCCAAUGUAAACUCUUGAAUUGCAUUAUCCAAUGAUCCAGUUUUUAAUAAUGUAUAAUAACAUGCAAUCAUAUGUAUUAUCUGAUACAGAGAUGUUGGCAGGUACUUUAAAAUGUGACUGUCCCCUCGCUUGUGACGUGGUCAGUUACGAAACAACAACAACUACUGCGGCUUUUCCGAACCCAUCACUCAUAAAAAUAUUGCAAACGAGAGGAUAUAACAGGACAGAUGACUAUCUGAGGUAUGUCAAAUGUAGCUAGACUGCUGAAUAGUAUGUGAAACAUUCGAUGGAAGUAAGUAAAAAAGUGAAAACCUAAGUGUUAUAACUUGUUGUGCAACUAUUUAGUUUAUGCUUCUAAAUUAUGAACUUUUUAUAACAAUUUCUGUAGUUCUAUGAAUCGAGUGCGGCCCAUUUGUUGCUAGUUUUUUUUCGUGUGUGCAUUGUUUUAUUGUGAUCAGUAGUUUUGUUCUUACAUUUUGUUCACCUAUCCUCACAUUUUCUUCUUGGAAUGAUUUUUUGCUUGCACAACUCCGAGAGCAGCAACCCAAAAAAAAUUGAAGCAGAGUAGCUGCUAUGGAUUGAGGGAACUUGCCCACUUACGGACACAGAUUUGCAUUCAUGUGUCAUGUAUUACGAUAUCUUAUGACGCUGUAUAUAUGAUAUGUAUAGAAAACUCGGAUUUUUUUUUAAAAUUUUACUAUGAUGUCUUUAUAUUUUUAUCUCUGUGCGUUUUUUCUUUGCAGAAAGAACCUGAUCAACCUCCAAGUUGCUUACACAACAAAUAGUUAUGAGGUUCUCAAGCAGAAGUCACAAUAUGAUAGUGGGGCACUCAUGGGUAAGUUGGUUUCAGUUAUUCUCACGUUUUUUUGAAGAACAUUAACAUUUGAGUUCCUUGAUAAUCGUACCGGAACAUGCUGAGAAGUUGGUCCGGCUGCAGUAGUAGUUCAUGAGCUUGAUAUAAUUACCGUUUUUCUGUGGGACAUCUUUACAUGAGUUUGUUUCCCUAGUGAAAAAAAAAAUGCAUCCUUUUCAUCAAGGAUGGUUUUUCGUCAAGCUCCGACACCAAUCUCCGAUAUACAUCUAAUGGAAGUACCAAUCAGAUGAAAGGUUAAAGUCGUCACUAACUAAUAAUAAAAAUAGACAACCCGCCUAAAGCGCGGGAAAAUAAUAGUUUCCAAGUUGGAAUUGGCUUUGGUUUGGCAUUUGAUUGGUUGAGAAGGUGGCGCGAGUUUUUUUAGACCAAUCACUGAACCAAAACCAGAGCAAUCCAGGAUCACGUUCGAUACUCAAUUGAAUACUACUCUAUUCCAAGGGGGUUUUAUUCUUAAGUUAUCUCCAGAACACUCCCGAUUUUUAUAUGUAAAUCUUUUUCUCAAAAUAGGCAAUGCUUUGUCGCGAAUCUUUCCGCCUUAGACAUCAGAUGUAGCCUCCAUUCCUUGUUAGUCAUAACAUUCAUGUAACACUGUGUCAGUGGUUGAAUUCAAGUUGCUUACUUCAUGGAGGUAAUCAGUUGAAGCAAACGCCAUUUACUCACAGUGAUCUGAACAUUUUUCGUAGGAGAAAUUGGGGGCAAUCUUGGAUUGUUUCUCGGCUGCAGUAUUCUCACCAUUAUUGAGUUUAUCGACUUCGCCAUAUACUUGUACCGCACUCGAAACAAGAAGAAAUCCUAACACUGAG